AUGAUAUCUUAUAGAAAUUAUAUUAUAUCAUUUAUGGCGAAAACGGGGCAUGUAGCUGUUGUUUUCUUUGGUGAUAAACAUCGUCCUAGGUCUGAGGUUUGCUACGAUGAAUAUGUAAAAUAUUUAGUACAAAUUAUAGAUGAAUAUAGUAAUUUUGAUAAAAAGGACUGCAAAGAGCUAUGUAAAGAAUGCGAAAAAAUAUAUGAAAAUAUAUACAAAUUAAAACGUUCGUGUCUUCAAGAAACCUCUCCCUUUGCUGAAUCAGAUGUAGAACAACAGUUAAGGAAUUACUGCAAAAGAUGUGAUGGUAAAUGUGAAAAGAGUGGCAAUAUGACAUGUUGUAAUGAAGAGAAAGUUUCCUCCAAACUAAAAGCUCCAGAAAGGUAUGGAUCCCCAGAAGGCGAUGAAAAACAUAUAUCCUCGAGUGAAUUAAGAGCAGAAUAUGAAGAUACAGGUAAUAAACAACAGGGAACAUUGAAUACACCUAAUUUAGAUAAGCAUAAGUUUGAAACAUUUUCAUCAAUAAUUAAUAAAGGUUCUACUACACCUAUAAAAACACAAAUUCCACCAGCAUCUUUUUCUGUUUCAGAUGAAUCGUUAACUGAAGUAAUAAACACCUAUGGAGAUGCGGAGCAUGUACAAAUAAUCUCUGGUCAGGACAUUGAUUCAGAUGGUACACAAGAAGAAGGUGAUUUAGAUAAGGAUAUCAUUCCAAGUAAUGCACAAGCUCCUCAAGGUAAUGCUAAGAAAAUCAGUGGAAAAAAAUGUUAUAAGACUGUUAAAGAAAUCUCUAAUGCUGUACAAUUUUUUUACAAAACAUUUGUUUUUGCACUACUCAGUAUUAUAUAUUCUCAUAAAAGUGUUAACAAUCAUCUCCAAAGUAUUUAUGUAGAGAAAGUGUUCACAAGUAUGAAUAGCGCAUCUUCUAAUCGUGCAGUUAAUAAUAACUUAUCUCCUAAGGUACUAAUGAUCAAGGUAACUAUGGCAAUGGAGCUAAUGAAUAGAAAAUUAUUCAAAAUGAUAUAUCACCUGGAAUUACACAUGAUCGUGUAUAUCUUAAUAAUAACUUUCACUCACUAUUGUAAUAAAUUAUAA